AUGACACAUGAUGAAACGAGGUACCCCAGUCCUGAUGAAUUCAAGCCCGAACGGUUUCUCUGUAAUGAUGGAUCCCUCACCAGUGACAGGAUGCAUUUAGGCUUUGGCUGGGGUCGCCGAAUGUGUGUGGGACGAUAUGUCGCAGACGCGUCACUCUGGAUCGCGAUGGCGAGCUUCUUGGCCGUUUUCUCGGCUCACAAGGCUCUUGAUGAUGACGGCAUGGACAUCCCAGUCGUUCCAAAGUUCUCCACUGGGAUCGCUAUUCAUCCAGAGGAAUUUCCCUGCCGCAUUGUCCCGCGAUUCCCGUGUACAUCUGAGACAUUGGAGCGCUUGACUGGCUUAGCUAUUGUCAAAAAUAUUGGCUCAAUCAUUCCCGUCCUCCCCUGCCGCCUGGUCCUACCCCCCCUCCCAAUUGUAGGAAAUGUUCUCAGUCUUGAUGCCGCUCGACCUUGGCUGACCUUCAACGCCUGGAGAUCUACAUAUGGCGAUAUCAUAUAUGCUCGUCUGCUCAACAAGCCUGUCAUCGUGAUAAAUUCUGAGGAGAUCGCGAAAGACCUUUUUGAAGGGCGGUCCACCAUAUAUUCAGAUAAACCCCAGUCGAUUGUUUACGAACCCUUCGCAUUGGAUUUCAAUAUAGGGCUCAUGCCAUAUGGAGACAGGUGGCGCCUGCACCGACGCAUGUUUCAUCAGGCAUUUUGUCCAGCUGAGAUGCCUACUUAUCACGCUUUGCAACUCCGUUCCGCCCACAAAAUGCUGUUUAGUCUUCUACAAGACCCAGACAAUUAUCCAAGCCAUGUUAAUAUGCUCAGUGCUUCGUUUCUACUGUCUAUUGUGUAUGAUUACGAAGUGAAAGCCGAGAACGACACCAUCCUUCAUGUCGUAGAAAAUUAUUCGAAACUGGCAGUCGAAGCGUUGACGCCAGGUGCUACUGUGGUGAUGGAAACAUUCCCUUUCCUGUUGAGGUUACCUAGCUGGUUUCCUGGUGCUACAUUCAAGCGAGCAUCAGUGGAAUGUCUGAAUGCAGGCCAUGAUGUGAAGGAGAUACCCUUUCAAUAUGUCAAAGAGAGGAUGUCCACCGGCGACGCGGCACCAUGCUUUGUGACUGACACUUUGAACAGGACGAGGCUGUCUGUCGAGGACGACAUAGUCAUCACAACUGCAAUUAAGGAGACUGCUGCCGUCGCAUUUGGAGCGGGGUUUGAGACGACUACUUCCACGUUGCUUGUGUUCCUUCUUGCUAUGGUACUCCACCCAGAAGCACAAGCCAAAGCGCACGCGGAGAUUGAUCGAGUCGUUGGCAAAGAUAGACUUCCCUGUUUCGACGAUAGGCCUGCGUUGCCUUUCGUGGAAGCUAUUUUGCGUGAAACACUCAGGUGGCACCCUGUGGCUCCGUUCGGCGUUCCGAGCGCAACAACGACUAGUGAUAUCUACAAAGGUUAUUUCAUCCCCAAAGGGGUUGUUGUAUUUAAAAACGCAUGGGCGAUGACACAUGAUGAGACGAAGUACCCCAGUCCUGAUGAAUUCAAGCCCGAACGGUUUCUCCAUGAUGAUGGGUCCCUCACAAGCGACAGGAUGCCUUUAGGCUUUGGCUGGGGUCGCCGGAUGUGUGUGGGACGAUAUGUUGCAGACGCGUCACUCUGGAUCGCGAUGGCGAGCUUCUUGGCCGUUUUCUCGGCUCACAAGGCUCUUGAUGAUGACGGCAUGGACAUCCCAGUCGUUCCAAAGUUCUCCACUGGGAUCGCUAUUCAUCCAGAGGAAUUUCCCUGCCGCAUUGUCCCGCGAUUCCCGUGUACAUCUGAGACAUUGGAGCGCUUGACUGGCUUAGAGCAAUCGUGA